CAAAAUCAGAAAUGAAGGCAGAGAAGAGAAGAAGCUCAUCCGAAAGGAAUGGCUUCCAUUUCCUGGUUCUGUUGUGUGCACGUGCGACCCACACUCUGCAACUUCACACCCUCUCAGGCAGAUAAAGGUCCAUCGCUUCUCGCAUCCUUGGAACAUCAUAAGACUAAGUCAUGCUCACUUUCUUCCAUCGAAGAAGGACGUGGGGUUAAUAGAAGGCAACUUCUUCUUCACACCGCAGUAGCAGUACCUGCAUUUGCAGUCCCCAAUGCAUUGGCACUCACUGACGUGUCUGAGGAUGUUCGUGUGUACACUGAUGAUGAGAACAAGUUCAAGAUUGAGAUUCCCCAAGGGUGGCAAGUGGGAAAUGGAGAGUCUAAUGGAUUUAAAUCAAUAACUGCCUUUUACCCAACAGAAACAGCCAAUUCCAAUGUGAGCGUUGCCAUCACUGGGCUGGGACCGGAUUUCACUAGGAUGGAAUCCUUUGGCAAAGUUGAUGAGUUUGCACAGACUCUGGUUAGUGGACUAGACAGAAGCUGGCAAAGACCCCCGGGUGUAGCUGCUAAACUAAUAGAUUGCAGAUCAUCUAAUGGCAUUUAUUACAUCGAGUAUUGGCUGCAAAAUCCUGGUGAGAGUCGCAGAUAUUUAUAUUCAGCUAUUGGGAUGGCAUCAAAUGGUUGGUAUAACAGACUGUAUACGGUGACAGGACAGUUUGUGGAAGAAGAAACAGACAAAUAUGCUUCAGAAGUUCAGAAGGUAGUGGCAUCUUUUAGGUUCAUAUGAAGAAAUGGUUAUGCCGAGGAAGAAACCUUUUCACAACCCUUCAUUUUGUUUUUCUAUUCCAAUUUGGAUUUUCUUCAAAAUUGUUGAAUGAAAGUAAUAUAAGGUUAGUGUCAGUAAGAUACAAUUUGAGAUGAUUGAUAAGAUAUUUUACAGUGAUUGUGAGUGCCUCUGAUAAAA